AUGAAGAGAUUUUGGAGGAGUAGACCAACUAAAAGAAUUGGUGCAAAACUUAAAAAAAAAUCCUUUUUCUCGCCGUCACAUUUUAACGGCUUGGAAUCCGCCGGAAAUAAAGGGAAUGCUUUUACCUCCUUGCCAUUGCUUAGUGUUCCUUUUAACAUCGCUAGUUAUAGUUUGUUAACUUCCAUGCUAGCCCAAGUUUGCGGAUACAGACUAGGAGAAUUUAUUCAUGUGAUUGGUGACGCCCACAUUUACUCAAACCAUUUGGAACAAGUUAGAGAGCAAAUAAAAAGAGAACCUAGAAAAUUACCUAUUUUGAAACUUAACCCCGAAAUAAAAUCUCUUUUUGAUUUUCGUUUUGAAGACAUUAGUUUAGAAAAUUAUGAACCCUAUCCGCCAAUUAGAGCCAAAAAGUAUUAUUACAGAAGUUUAGAUACCAUACCACUAUUGCUAUAUACUUUCUCUUCCUCGGAAUUCGGAGAAAAGAAACGAGUUUUAUCUAAAAGAGUUAUGUGCAAAAAACAGCAAUUAAAACAAAUAACUGUUUACGAUAGGAAAAUAAUCCAUGAUGCAUUUUACACUUCGAUAGAGGGAUUAGAGAGAUAUAUUAAAGUAGUUUAUUCUGAUUGUAAGACUAAAAAGCAAAUUCGCAAUAAUAAAUUUGAAAGUUAUUACCAGAGCGAAGUCGAAAAUGCAGCAAAAAUUGAUGUUAAUAAUUGCCCUCCAAAGUUAAAACAUUAUUUGUUUGAGGUUGGUGAAAUAUUAGAGGGUCGAGGAGAAAAGUUGAAAAGAGACACUGAAAUCUAUUCUAAUUCUUUUGAAUAUAAUGAACAGUUGAAUAGAGUUUUUGCUACUAUGCAGAUUCCUUUAUCGAAAGUGAGAGAAAUGGAAAAUGAAAAUCGGGAUAAUUUCAAUGGUGAUGCAAAAAGAGAUGAUUUUGACCAAGAAGGAAAAUUAAACUUUGGUGGGAACUCAAUUUAUCGUUUGGAAAAUUUUGAUGCCUGUCAAAGAUUUAAAAUAAAAAAGGCUUUAAAUGUUUCUGUUGAUUGCUUAACUAAUGAUGAAAAAGAUUUUUAUCUUCAGGAAAAAGAACAUUUAGCCUCUUUAAUUAAACAAAAAAUUUAUGAACCAGAAAGAGGAAACGAGGAAAAACAUGAAGAAUUAGAAAAAGCGCAAGGAGAAGCGAGAUGGCUAAGAAAAGAGUUAGAUGGAGAAAUUCCAAUCUUAUCGGUUCACCAUCAUGCUAAUGAAUAUACGGAUUUUAGUUCAGUAAGAGAUAAAGUUAAAAGACCAAAAUUUUAUGGAGGUCAAACUGGAAGUGCAUACCGCAUUUAUCCAAUUAUUCCUUUCAAGAGUAAGGAAAAAAUUAAAGAGCAACUCGCAAAAGCAAUUUAUAAAAGUAUGGGAAAGUCAAGCGGAAGUUGUUAUAAGUAUUGUUUAGCAAGUAAUAAUUGUGAACACUUUGCUUUUAUGAGUAUCUUAGGAGUUCAUCACUCUAAACAAGCAGAGGAGCACCCAACUGCUACUAGCAUUUGGUGUUCCCGAGGAGUUCACAGCGAUUGUAUUGCCAAUGGAAAUAGAAAAACUAUCUGUUUGAGAAAUGAAAUAAGAAAUACAGAUAAUAGUUUAGAUAAUCUCGCCUCUGCUUAUGAUAUUGCUUAUGAAAAAGGUAGAAUAGAAGAGUAUUUAAAAACUCAAAUUGAAAUACCGCCAAAAGAUUGCAAGUUAAUUAAGUUAUACAAGUUAAAAGAAAAAGAAGCGAGAGGUCGAGAAAGGAGAACAUUCGGAGUUGUUUAUCACCAAUCAAAGGAGUUAGGCAAUUAUUUCGUUAUCCUUCCCGAUAGCCUUUAUGUUUUUUUCUUGACCACUAUUUUGGUUUUUUAUGAGUUAAAAUCAGUUUCUGGAGCAAGUAUAUGGGCAGAAAAAGCCACCGAAAAGCAAACUGAAGCUGAAAAUAAUCUAAUUAAUAAUCGAAAGUUAAUUAUCAAAAAGGGGUUAACUAAUAACUUCCUUAGAGAUUAUCAGCAAAUUUCCCAAACAGUUCAGGAAAAAAUUAGCAAAGAAACUUUUUUUAGUUCGCUUUAUGAUGCAAAUGAUUUUGUAAUUUUCACUAUGUUUACUAAAUUGACAACUUCUUUUAAUUAUUUAAUGAAAGGGGUGAGAAAAUAUCCUCAAUAUUCUUCGGUUCAAAAACGAUUUAAUUAUUUUCUUAGUUUGCCAGAAAGAAAUGACAUUCAAAAAAAUGUUCUAAUUUCCGAACCUAUUACUAGUAUCGUUUUACAAAAAGUUUCUUUUUUUUAUGAAAAAGAUAAACGAGUUUUGAAAGAAUUGGAUUUAGUAUUUGAGAAAGGGAAAGUUAAUCAUUUACAAGCUCCUAAUGGAUUCGGUAAAACGACUAUUAUUGAUUUACUUUUUGGAUUUUAUCAACCAUCAGGAGGAAAAGUGAUUAUUAAUAGGAAAUACGAGUUAAAAGAAUUAAACUUGAAAAAUUGGCGGAAAAAGAUUUCUUAUGCUGAAUCUGCUAACCUAGUCAAAUCAAACUUAUCGCUGGGACAAAAACAAUUAAUUGACCUGCAAAAUACAUUGUGA